AUGUCUCGAACACGCCAGCCAAUGGGCCCAAACUCAUUUCAAACCACCGCAGUGUCCUCCCAAGACUCAACAGCCCACAUUCCAACCCUCAGAUUACGUGCAGAAGCACCAACUGACACCAGCGAAGCAACAUCGUCUUCUCGGCGAAUCAGAUGGAGUGAAGAUGUUGUAGAUAAUGAGGGCAUGGGCAAAAAGAGCUCAAAAGUAUGCUGCAUCUAUCACAAAGCCCGGCCAGUGGGAGAAAGUAGCUCAGAAGAGUCCUCAUCCAGCUCAUCUGAGAGCGACAGCGAGAGCGAAGACGACCGUCGCACUGCCAGAGUCAACCAGGCUCGCCACACACACUCACACAACGGACGGGACCCCCACGGCGAGCGCGAGCACGCGUCCCACCCUGAUCAAGGGUGUUGCCCCGGAGAUCAAAAAUCUAAACUGAAACGCAAUCGCCGGAAGCCGAGUCCGAAUGCAUAUGAGAAAAUGCCCAAGUCAUCGAGGAAUCAGAAUCAAAGUCAACAUCAUGCGCGGGGUACUUGA